UGUCGCCUUGAUGGAAGGAUAAAAACAGCCCGGAGCCUUUGUAUGAUUUUGGCCGAAUAUGAGUUGCAUCGCAUCGAGUGCUGUAGCGGUGGCUACUACUUGGCAAUUGAAGCAACUCGAGCGACUCACGAAAUGGAAUUGAAGUAA